ACAGUUUGAGCCUCGCAGCCGAACUUUGAGGAUCGCUGAGACGCCGUGCAAGAAAAGUUGAUCGAAGUCGAGAAAUAUUCGUGCUGUGUUCUGUGCUGUGACCUACUGAAAAUCUGAAAGAAAUCUUUAAGAAUUUUUACAAAAAUAUCCUUGUGCCGUGCUCAAAAUAUCAAGAAAAGUGAUCCAUAAAAAUGUCCAACCAAAUGGAGUUUAUUAUGCAGCUCUACAUGAUGAACUUGAUGAAGCAGCAGCAGCAAAUGCAACUGCAGCAGCAACAGCAGCAGUUAGCUGGAUACACCUACACACAGAACGAGGAUAUUACGAGCAGUACAUGCUUGCAGCAGCAAGAAGAACAGCAGCAGCAGCAGCAACUGCAUCACCAACAGCAACAGCAACAGCCUCAGCCAGAUCUUCUCAAGACAAGAACGCACAAACGCAUUAGCUCGCAAAACACCAACUGUAGUAGUAGCCGUAGUUGUAGUCCCAAUAGUAAUUUGACUGCCUUUCAACCACAACAAUAUACUGGCGCUACAGCAGCAACACCACCCACACCUAACAACACACAGAAUUUGGUCGGGCAAAUGUUGCUCAACACACUGCCGCCGCUGACGCAGUACAUGUUGCAGCAACAGCAGCAGCAGCAACAAUUGCUAACCACUACCAACCUCCUACUAACACCCACCCACACCCCCAGUUCGCUGGGAAAGCAGGAUCCGCUGCAACAUCAGUUGCUGCUGGGCCAAUUUGCCAACUCCGAACAGUUUACCACAAAUAAUUUUCUGCAAUCCUCCACAGUGACAUCCACGCCAAUCGAGAAGGCAGCCACACCAGCCACCUCAGCAGGAGCAACUGCCGGCAACCUUUCGGCGGUCACGAUUAAAUUUGAGCAGGACUUCGCAGACGAGGAGGACGAUGACAAGCCGCUGUCCAGUCUCAACAGCUGCAGCUCCUCGGGCCACACCAAUGCCAGCUCCGAGAAGCUGCUCCUGUCGGGCGUACAUCCGCUGGAGUCAACCACCGACAGCCUUGACUCACCCAGCAUGUACACGCCGGUCAAGCAGCCAGCGGACUCAUCGUACAACAUCACGCCCGUCGAAAGCGAACCGACCCCCAACACGCCCCUUCAACAGACCCAAACCACCUCCCUACUGACCCCCCCUUCCAGUGAGCAAAGCAAGAGCAUGGUCAGCCUCUCGGCGGGCAGCGGCUUGGAGGCAUUCAUCCAGAACGAGGAGACGCUGAAGAGCCUGCGCAAAGUGUCCUCCUAUUUGGAGUGCGAGAAUAGUCUGUGCCGGCAAGAGAACCUUAGGGAUCAUUUCCACUGCCAUGAAGAGCCUUGCCAGGGCAAGAUCCUGAGCAAGAAGGACGACAUCAUUCGGCACCUGAAGUGGCACAAGAAGCGCAAGGAGAGCUUUAAGCUCGGGUUUGCCCGUUUCUCCUCGGCGGACGACUGUGCUCCGGCUUACGGAGAGGGCUGCGUCUACAAUUGGAAGCAGACCCACUACCACUGCAUAUACGAGCACUGCCCGAAGGUUUAUGUGAGCACCAGUGAUGUCCAGAUGCACGCCAACUUUCAUCGAAAGGACUCCGAGAUCGUGAACGAAGGCUUCCGUCGCUUCCGGGCUCAUGAGAACUGCCGCAUCGAGGAUUGUCCCUUCUUUGGCAAGAAGAUCUCGCACUACCACUGCUGUCGCGAGGGCUGCAAUCACACCUUCAAGAACAAGGCUGAUAUGGACAAACACAAGACUUACCAUCUGAAGGACCAUCAGCUGAAGAUGGAUGGCUUCAAGAAGAUCCUGAAGACCGAGACGUGUCCCUUUGAGGCCUGCAAGUUUUCCACUGUCUGCAAUCACAUCCACUGCGUCCGUGAGGGCUGCGACUACAUCCUGCAUUCGAGCAGCCAAAUGAUCAGCCACAAGAGGAAGCACGAUCGUCAGGAUGGCGAGCAGGCCUACCAGCAGUUCAAGGUCAAGCAGGACGUGGAGGAGUCAUCGCUGGAUGCCACACCUCUGCAGCAGCAGCCCACCAGCGUUGGCCAACCUCAAGUCAGCAACACCGUGUGUGGCAGCAACACCUCUACUCCACUCUCCUCCCUCUCCGCCGAGCACUUUCUGGCCCGCAAGCGCGGCAGGCCGCCCAAGAAAAUGCAACUGCCCGCCGAUGUCCAGCAGCCCGAAGCCAAGCGCCCUAAGGUAGAGGAUGAUUACAAGUCCCAGUCCCAGCCAACAGUCCCUGUCCUCCCACUGACAAAUGGAAUGUUUCCCGGUCUACUGCCUGCUGGCUCCGCCGCUGGAGUGGAUCCCACGGCGCCUAACUUCCAGCUCACUCACCUGAUGGCCCUUUUCCAGCUGCAGAAUCCACUUUUCUACCAAAAUCUCUAUCCAGGAAUGACCCAAAAUCCCUCCAUGCUCGGAAACUUGGCAGCACUCAGCGCUGCCUCAGCGGCAGCGGCGGCAGCAGCUGCAGCGACUGGAGUCCAGCAGCCCAAGGCGGAGUUUAGUUUUAAGCCGGAGUUUAAGGAGUAGAAAAGAUGCAUGUCCUUAGGAUAGUAUGUAACUAGUUAGUUGGACUGACGGACUCUAGACAUUAGUGUAAAUACGCGCUUUAAGCAGGUACCUCUUCAUAUCGGGCUGAGAUUUGUGGGUGCUAGGGCGGGAACAGGACAUGGCAUCCAUUCCUCCCCAAAAACCAACUCAGCCACACUUUGAGGAGGCAUUAGUCUCUGUCUAAAGUGUAGCUGAAUUGGCUUUUGAAACAAAUUUUCCCCUAGGUUAAAUUCUUCGAGUGCCACAUUAAUUUUUAAAAUUUUCAGCCGUUUUUAAUAAAAAAAGAAGAAUUUCUUGAAUUUAGUAUGACUAAAACUGUGAUGUUUUCAUUAGACUAGCCGCUUUUAAUAGAUAGUGAGAAUGUCAGACAUAGGAGACUUGGGCUGCCAAUGAAUUAGCAUGUAAGCAUUAAAUUUUAUGUGAUAUAAUAAAUAAAUAAAGCUAAUUGUUUACCCGCUUUAUACUUUAAGACAACGGUAUUAUAAUAAAUAACUAGAAAAUAUAGUAAAUUAAACUUGUUCGAUUUAAGAAAUUAACAUUACUGAAUAGAUUAUAAAAUCUUUUAUAUUUUACUAUUUAAAACAUAAUGACAAUUGACAACACAUUUAGAAAAUG